AUGCCGCUCAUAGAGACUGCCCUUCAUGCUCGUCAAUCCGUGUCGGAAUGCUUAUCAAGCGCUGAGUCACUUUUUCAACAAGUACUAGCUGCUCGAGACGAGGCAGAGCGGCGGUGUCAAGUCCAAACUACCUGGCUACGAGUGCUGGUACGCGAUGUGUGUGCGCUCGUCGACGAGAGGCUUGGCGACUUUGCCGACUGGAACUGCGAAGAAAAUACGCUAGAUGCUGCGGAACUCCGGAAACUUCUCGAAGAAGAUGCUGGCCCGGAGGCACUUGCGGAAAAAGCACACGCUCUCAUCCAAGCGCAACGCUCGCGAAAACGGGAGCGACUCGCAGAACAGGACGAGGUGGCAGGCAGCGUAGGCGGCCUCGGAAACUACAAAGCCGAGUUGGAAAUGAUUCACUGUCAACUAGAGAAGCGCUUAAAGGAACCGAAGAGUGAGCGCGCGUACCUGGCACGUUCAAUAGCGUCCGUAGCGACUGAGCUCGAUCGCUGUGCAGCGCUGUUGAAACAUGCCCGACAACUUGCUUGCAGCGCGUUGCAGGACACGCACCAGUGA